AUGAGUGGUGCUUACCCAGGGCGUUACGGUAGUAUGAGCCGCGGUGGUGGUACUGGUGGUGGUGGUGGUGGUGGUGGUGGCUACGGUGGUCACCGCGGCCGUAACCAACGGUUCGGUUCGCGUUACGGCAGGCCGAUCCUCAAGCCCGAGAACGCCCUGAACCGGGCAGAGCAGCUUCUGGCAGUGGGUCAAAAGUCUGCAGCUCACGAAGCGUUGUACACGUUGAUAACUGAGCAUACACCGAUAAACGUCGGCGGCCGCGAAGCCCAAGCACUCGUCGCCCAGGCGCAAGCGCAAGCGCAGGCUGCUGCACAGGUGGCUGCGAACGCGGCUGCCGUCGCUCAGGAGCAGGAUGAAGGCGGUGCUCGCAGCACAGCUGCUGCAGCUGCAGCUGCGGCCGCGGCCGCUGCCGCAGCUGCAAGCGCGAUCCAGUCGUCAACCUCAGGCUGGAGCAAAGUCCACGAGGGUAUCAUGAUGCGGCUGGUUGAGCUCAGCGUUGAGCUUCGCCGGCCACUGGCACUCAAGGAAUCGCUACACCGUUACCGUGCGCUCUGCGGAGUCGCGAACACUGCUUCCCUUGAAGCCGUUGUGCUCCAUGCAGUGGAGUGCUCUGAGGCGGCGGUGGACGCGGCAAGGACGCUGGCUAUGGAGAGUUUCCACGCGAGCGCCGCUGCUCAGAGCCCAAUUACGGAGGACGCUGGAGAUGCGGAAGGCGACGGGAAUGAACUGAUAUCCGAGGGCACGGACGACAUCGUUGCCGAUGAGGUUGCUGACAGCGACGACCGCGGCAACGCCACCGACGACGAUGCCCAGCCCGCAUGGGGCGUUGAGGUGCCCCAAACGCUGCUGCUUGAGGCCAAUGGUAUGCUUGCGUCUCGCACACGAAUAGAGAGACAGCUGCUCGCACCAACCCUUAUGUUCGCAUGGGAAGUUUUCCGCAUGUGCCUGGAUAUUCUCAAAAAUAAUAUUCGUGUAGAGAAAGCGUAUAAUGAAGUAGCAGAGCGAGCGCUGCUUUUCACGGCAAAGUUCAAUCGGGCAACGGAGUUCCGCCGAUUAUGCGACAUUCUUCGGCAGCACAUGGCAGGUUUGGUGCGUACCAUUGUGCGCUCGCCGCAGAGCGAGAUCGACCAGGUUCAUUGGCCGACCGUCCAGCGUAUGAUUCGGAUCCGCUUUCAGCAGGCAGAUCAAGCGAUGGCCAGUGGACACUGGCAGGAGGCCUAUCGUACCAUGGACGACCUGCAUGAACUUUUGCGGAUAUGUACGCGAGGUCGCAGCCCUGAAAUUUUGGCUGGUUACUUUGAGCGACUCGCAACUAUCUUCGAAACGACUGACAAUCUACUUCUGCAUGCACUUGCGCUUUACAAGUUGUAUCUGGUCCGGCAGGCUGCCGCAGAGGCUCUCCAGAACCAGGAUCCGAACCAGGAUGCGGACGGGCAGGUUCCAGGACCCUCGUCGGAGACGCCACGAGACACAGCAGUUCGACUUUUGGUGGCGACGCUUUCCAUCCCCGUCAAGGAGCUCUCUGCUCACAGUAAGGUCAUGGAAGUCUUCGCCGAUGCAGCGACGCUAACGAGCUUUGAGCAGGCGCGUCAGGCCAAAAUGCUAGACCUGUUGCAGUGGCCAAGCGCGGCCUCUGCGGGCUCGAACGAGGCAUGGGAUCGCUUGAUUUCAAAUCCAACAAAAUCGUGGCUGAUCGGAGAAGUUAUAUCCAAUGGUAUUGAGGAGGCGUGCCCUGAAGCGCUUCGCGAAUUGUUGUACGAAUUCAUCGAUCCGGGACUGCUCCGCUGGAAGCAAGCGGGCAAAGCUCGACUUGGAACGCCACAGUCGCUGGCUGCUAAGGCACAGCGCUGGUUCACCAGUAUGCAUCUUGACGUCGGUUCCGAGGUCGCCGGAGUUACUGGCUCAGGCGGUGUCGAUGGCACCGGUGGCGACUGUACCGGGGCGGGCGCACCCAGCAGCAAACCUGGCCAGAGCGCACGUGCCUCCAUGAUGCCGCUGAGUCGUGCCAUCAUUGCUGAGCUUUUGUUACGAAUCGCUCAGUACUACGACAGUUUCUUGCUGUGGGAGCUUCGCUCUAUGGUGAAUUUCCUUCCGUUUGUGCAGGUGCAUGCCAUCGUGCUCGAAUUUCUUCGAGCGGAGCUGGUCCCAUUUCGCCUGGAUUUCCGAAAGGGUGUCCUCUAUCGCUUCUGCAGAACCAUAGAACAGGAGGAGCUGGGCGAUGCUCUUUGUCGCAUUGCCACGCGCCUGCAAGCAGCGGCUAGCACCAUCACACAGCGAGCAUCCACAGCGGACGAGCAUGAGAUCCGUAUUCUGAACGCCAAAGAGGCAGCAUUUCCGUUGGAGCGCUUGGAGAGAGAGCAGCAGCGGCGCGUGACGCAGUUGGAAGUGCUGCAGUCAUUCCUGAAGCAACUGGAUGAGGUUGCACAACGCAUGGAACGCGAGGAGCAACGCCAAGCGCAGCUUGAGGCCGCAAGACACGCCGAGGAAGAAAAGCGGCGCCUCGCAGAAGAGGCGCGUCGUCGCGAGCUCGAAGCGAUCCGGCGCGAAAUGGAAGAGAAAGAGCAGGCUGAAUUGCGGCGUCUGAAAGCUGAAAUGGAUGCACGCCGAAGAGUCGGCCUCUCAGCGAGUGGUGCAGCGGCUGGGCUUGCGCUGCCCUCAAGUGUUGCUGGGAUAGAAUCCACCGCCGCCGGAGCGUCCCUAGGAACCGUUGGUAUCGGAGUGGAUAGCGUGGGCGGGGCUGGCGGGCCAGCGCGAAGCGUCUGGAGUCGCAGCGGAUCCGGGACAGCGGCCGUGCUUUCCGGUGCUCGUGCAACAAGCGCGCUGCCUGGUGUUGCCGUCGACUCUGUGCCGGGCAUCGGUGCCGGUGCAGCAGAUGGCUUCACGGCGGUUGGCGCCGAUGCACUGGAUCAUGACGGUGAUCGCCUCAGUCGACAGGAGCUUUUGCAACAGCAGCAGCAGGAGCGUCUCCAGCAACGCAAGAUGCUCGAACAAAAGAUAUUCCAGCUGUCUCGUCGAAUGGACUAUUUGGAUCGUGCGCUCCACGAAAAGCAGGCGACGCAUCUGGAUCAGGUUCACAAGGAAAUGGUACGCGAAUUGAUUGCACGUCGGCAGUCGGCAGCAACCUGCCGUCUGCGUCAGCUGCAGGAGCAGUUUGAGAGCGAUCUUGCACGCCGUGCGCGGCUGGAGAGCAUUUUUAGGGAUCCGCUUUACCAGAAGGCUGUCGAUCACAUCAAAGAGGAGGCUCGGGCACGUGCACUGCGUGAGUGGAAGCCGCGUCAAGGCAACGGUUCUCCGAAUCAACAGACGCCUAUAGGCAAUGUAUCCGCAGAAGAAACCCCUGCAGAGCAGACACCUGGUCGCACAGCAGCAGCAGCAGCAGCAGCAGAACAACAACGACAACAACAACAACCACGGAGCGACACUGGGUCCAAUGGAGUGCCUGCUUCUGCGUACGAGGCAGCGGCGGAACAUUCGCCGACAGCGACUGUCCCGUAUCCCAAACAGGUGCCUCUGGCGGGUACACCCACUGGCAAUACCGUGAGCGCGACUCGCUCGAGCGGCGAUAACCACUCGGGGCCUGAGCGGCCGGUGCCACCCGCUGGAGAAACAGUCUCCGAACGUGAACAACAAGCGCGGCACGCACCUGCACCUGCACUUGCACCUGUAGCGCCCCGUUCUGGCAUUGUGACGAUCGUUCACGCUGCGGACAAGGGUCUCCUCGGUGAUCAGCCGUUUGUCACGCCAUCCACGGCGACGUCAGCUGGAAUCCCGGCCCCGAAAGCGACAGGAAAUGAAGAGUCGAGCCAAAGGCGUGGCUACGUACCGCCACACUUACGCCGUCAGCAACAGGCACCACAGCGUCUAGCUGCAAACCAAGAACCAGAGCAACGAGCAGGGCUAGGUGCCAGGGCCGGGCCACGGCGCGGUUUUGGCUUCACGGACUCGAAUCCACGCCCGUCUUCAUAG